CCUCCCUCUGUUGUGCCCACAGCUCGGGUUUCAGCCUUCCAAAUAUAAGGUGUGCCCAGGGGUCCCAGAGCACACCCCGUUCACUGCUCACUGCGGAGGGCCCCUGGCCUGAGGCACUGAGUCCCUCCCGGAUCACCACAGUUCUUCCAGUGUGUUCUCAGGAAACCUUAGAACACGUUGAUUUCAGGGAGCAAAUUGGAGAAAUCAAACAGGGUGAACAAUGGCGUCGGUACCCUCCAUCGGCUGCCUGCUGGCCAAAAAUCAGUAUUAUCGAAAGGCCAGUAUUUCUUCAGUGAGCUCUUUAACUGGCUCUGAUUCUGUUAGCGUUGUACCUGAUGACAAAUCUCAGCAAGGGUUACCAAAAGAGGAAGAAUCUGACUGGUGGUUUAAAUCCUUUUUCCAUUCUGAACCAGUGUUUUCAGAUGUAAGAAGAAAAGAUCUGUCUGCCAUUGAUUCUGACAACCAAGAAGAUUCUACCUGCUGAGGUGCUGUAUUUGUGAAGCACACCUUUCAGCACUCAGCUAGUCCAGAUGACUUUUCUUCAUUACAAGAAGCCAGAAGCCUGCUGGAGUUCCCAUUUACGAGACAGAAUCUGCAGCCACCCAUCCAGCAAAAGUUUAGGCAUUUUCUUCAGUACACAGACUAUUGCUACAAGUGGCAUCAACAACCUGGGGAAUAUUGAGAAACAUGCCUUUGAAAAGUAAUUAGUCUUCAAAUGUAGUGAGUUUUAUGAAGUAGCCUUUUCCUUAUCCAUAUUAUUUUUCAAAAAGUGUUUAAAAGUUUUUAUUUUUAAUUUUUAAACAAAUUUUUAGACUAUAUGUCUGUGAAACAUUGAUGCCUAACGACAAUAUAAAGGGCAUUGUAUUUAAAAAUGUAGAGAACAGUUGCAAAACUGUAUCUUUAAUCAUGGACAUGGGAAAUAGAAAACAUACCUGUUAAAAAUACAUUACGGCAGGCGCCCCUUGGUGGCUCAGUAGGUUAAGUGCCCAGCUCCUGAUUUUGGCUCAGGUCAUGAUGUCAUGAUUU